AUGGCGGGUAUGUCCUUGCAGGGCCUACCUCCGAAGCAGGCGGUGCAUAUAUUCCUCUCUCGCAGAUGUGGCAGAAGCGUGAAGAAGAAGGUCGGAGAGGAAUAUUGGUAUUUGACCAGGAACUGCGGCGAGGGAUACGUUUCCGUGCUUCAUGCGCCGGUGUGGUCCACCUGUGUUUAUGAGGGUGAGUGUUGUGGAAGCGAGACAGAAGCCGAAGCUUCAGCUGCCUCAAACUUUCUGCAAGAUGAAGCUGUCCUGCCAGCUGCUGCAUGCCUACCGCUGCGUCGCCGCGAAAGGGACGCGCUCGGAGAGGUUCUUCAGUCGGCGCAUGGCCAAACAAAAUCACAAAUCGCUGAACAAUGCAAGCAGAAGGCGCUUGCGACGUACACGGACUACUGCGAAUGCCUCUGCGGCAGCGAAAGGAAACGGGAAAUUGCUGGAGCGGCAGCUUUCUAUGCCGCCACUUUCUCUUCUUUGAGCUUCGAGGGGAGUGGUGAGACUUACGUUGAGCGGGUAGACAACGCCGUGAACCGCGACACCUUCUACUACCAGCUCAUGUCCUUCGUAGAUGAAGUCUUCCACCAAGAGCGUGGACA